AUGAAAGAAAUAGAAGAAGCUCCUGAGAUUUCAGGAGCUUGCUAUAAAACAGAAAAUUCAUCAAAGAGAUCAAAUCUAAUAGAAAAAGUUCCACCGAAAAGACAGCAACAAACAAAUAUGAGUUCAGAGUGCUUUUCGAGAGUGUGCUCUAAAAAAUAUUCAUCCAGACAAGAGUUGAAAUAUAAUAAAAUUUUGGAAGACCAAAAGGUAGAUUAG